AUGAAGUCGACUACCAUCCUCUCCGUCCUGAUGGGCAUGACCACUCUCGUCUCUGCACUACCUGUUGCAGACGCCAAUGGUCUCGGCCUUGUCGAACCCAUUGGGCUCGCCAAGCGAAUGCCCCAAAAGAAGAUCGACGCUGUGGAUGUCGAGAAGAGGCAGAAGAAGAUCGAUGCCGUUGACGUUGAGAAACGCCAGAAGAAGAUUGAUGCAGUUGACGUUGAGAAACGCCAAAAGAAGAUUGACGCUGUAGACGUCGAGAAGCGUCAGAAGAAGAUCGAUGCCGUUGACGUUGAGAAGCGCCAAAAGAAGAUCGAUGCUGUCGACGUCGAGAAACGCGAGCCUCAGAAGAAGAUCGACGCCGUCGAUGUCGAGAAGCGCCAGAAGAAGAUUGACGCCGUCGACGUCGAGAAGCGCGAACCCCAGAAGAAGAUCGAUGCUGUCGACGUCGAGAAGCGUCAAAAGAAGAUUGAUGCUGUAGAUGUUGAGAAGCGCCAGAAGAAAAUCGACGCAGUUGACGUUGAGAAGCGUGAGCCUCAGAAGAAGAUUGACGCGGUCGAUGUUGAAAAGCGCCAGAAGAAGAUCGACGCUGUUGAUGUGGAGAAGCGUGAGCCUCAGAAGAAGAUUGAUGCGGUCGACGUUGAGUAA